CUACCUUGGCAGGCGUAGUCGAGGUGCGAAGUUUAUGUGAACAAUUGUUCGCGUAUGUAGGAAGUCCCCAGAGUCCCCUUGGCCAACAGUGUGCGGGUAGAAGCGAACAAUGAACUCCUCCACAUCCUCCGGCGGGGAAAAGCCGGACAACAUGCCGGCCAGAAAGCGCCAGAAUCGGCAAGCCGUGCUGGGAAUGCUGAAAAAGGUGGACAUCAAAAACAAGGGCUUGAAACGAUUCUUCUACUUCACGUACGAGGCAGACCCAUCGGCCGCCAAGCAGGAGCAGGUGAAAAAGCUCUACUUCAGCAAUGGCGAAAUCUGCGAGGGGGAUGAAUAUUUUCUCCAGCACAUGAAAAAGAGUGUGUUUGUGAGCAACAUUCCGGGCGGUACGAAAAAGUCCGAGCUGUACCAGCUGUUCCAGCGCUACGGGAUGGUGCUGUCGAUUGAGCUGCGAACCCGCGGCGGUCGGAACAUAGUGGGCCGCCAGCCACAGUACCCGUUCGAGACGGGCCCGUACCUGUGCAGUACGAUCGAGUUUGACUCACCGGAAAGUGCCAAGAAUGCGUGCGAGGUGAAAACCGAAAGCACCUACAGCGCCAAACCGAUUAUGAAUCCGUCACUGUUGGGGACGGAAAACUGUGUGUAUGUUGAGAACGUACCGGCAGCAACGACGCGCCAGGAGCUGUGGCAGCACUUCAAGAUGUUUGGUCCGAUCCGUUCGAUACGGAUGGAGUUUCCCGACGGCACGCUGGUACUGACGGAUGCCGAGUACGCACAGCUACGCUCGGUCAACUGUCACAUUCGGUUCCGGCGAAGAGCGGAAGCACGGGCUGCAGCAAAGGGCCUAAACCGUAGCACCUUCAAGGAGCGUCAAAUCUCCGUACAGAUGGCAUAUCAAAAGUACUGUAAUCCGGAUGAGCUGUCGAACAAUGCGCUGCGAAUCUUCUUUCAACCGUUCGGCGAUGUGGUUGCCCUCGAUCAAAUUCCCCAUCAACGGGCGGGCUACGUCUGCUUCAAGCUGCCGAUCCCGGCCGACCUGAUAAAGCGGGCCAACCAGCAAACGUUCCGCCGGCGGCGCAUAACGAUCGAGAAGCUGGAGCUGCCGGGCAUACCGAAGGAAGGCAAAUCGGUGGCCAAGGCGACGCUGGGCAAUGGGAAGAACGGGCGCGAAGGGACGAACCCCCCAGGCAACGGUAGCAGCGGCAGCAGCAACACGAACAACAGCAAUCGGGGAGGGUCGGCGACCACCACCACAGGCGCUUCCAGCAAGGGUGCUCCCACCAACCAUGCCAUUCAGAUCAAGCUCGGUCGCAAGAUCGCACGCAAAGCGCUCCCUCCGGCGGGCCGCAAACCGUUGGCCAAACGGGUAAGCGGCGAUCUGGCCAAAGCGGAACCCGGCGGCGGCAAGCCGGGCAGCAAAACGGCAGCGAACGCCGAGAAUGCAAAGGAAAACCGGGCCACAUCGUAGGCCGCGAAUGCGUACUCCCCCACCGGUCCCUGGAAGUUGAUCCGCCUCGAAUAGUGUAAUAAAAAGUUUUUAUUUUAAUUCA